AAUAGCGUGCAAGAUGUGCAAAAGUCGUUGAACGAUGUUAUCGCGGAUCCGUGCCUUAUGGCGCACGUUAUGAAGAUGCACGAGAGGCUCACACAAUCGAUACAUGAGACCGCUGAGCUUUCUGGCCGGAAGAAAAGAAAGCGGCCCGCAGUCGAUGAGUUCGCACAAGAGAAUUCGGAUGUCCUUGCGCUCAGACGUGGGCUUGAAGCUGUUCGUCUCAAGUGCUGGCCACUCACUCUUCGCUCGGCAUUAUUCAUACGCCCGCCCAAACAGUCAGAUCACAACACGCUGCAGGCUACGAAGUGUUUAUCUCUGCCUGCUAUUGUGUCAGAUCCUUGCGAAGCCCUCGUAUUUGUAACAGUGUAUGACCGUUUGACUUGGGGACACAAGCUCUUGUCACGGUCGUCGCAGCAUGUGCUGCUCUCUUCGCACAGCCUCGGUGACCUCUUUGACGUGAUCCCCUGCUCCUCCAACGAAAUCCCUGAGCCCCCGGCUCCCAGCUCCAAUGAGACAUGGGGAGAAGCGUCUGCCCGGGGCAGUUCUGGCUCGGUGAUCUGCCUAGAAGGUGUCGCGUAUGGUGAUGGGCAAUCCGAAAAGGACUAUUCUGAGUGUAAGGCCGCGGCAUUGCAGAAAGGCCUUCCCAUGCACGAAGUCACCUUUAGGUCUCUCCAAAUCAGACUUCACCAUCCCUACUGGCUCUGCCACGCCGGCAAUUGCGACCACUUCUUCGUGAUCGAGCUUCUCAGGGCGCAUCAUCCCUCGGAUCCCCCGGUUUUUAGCUUCCCUUUGACAACACAGAUCACUCCGCGGUUGCUAGAGAACUGCAGGGCAUGUAACAAGGUGCCCGCGGUAUAUGCCAUCAACGGGGAUGUACGACUGGGUGAAACUCCGUUCGUCGUCUGUGCCCCAUGUUGGCGAUGGAUGGGCCCGCCGAAACCGGAGAACGCGGACAAGGUGCAAGUUGUGCCGCUACCUAAACACGAGUUCGGAUGGCACGGAUGA